AUGAUUGAAAACAAAUAUGAUUACAAAAAGGCAUUACUCAAAGACUUAAUGAAAAAUAUACCAAAUUCCUUUAUUAUUGAAGUAUGUACGUCAGCAUUUUUUAAUAUUUUAUUGAUUCCAUCAAGAUGGUAUAAUGAUCAAGUUGCACAAUUAUCUGAAAAUGAAAUACAUGUUUUACCAUCAAUUCAAUUAUUUAAUACUUCUCAAAGUGUACCAACUCAUUCAAAUCUUAAUUUGAAAUAUUCUUAUCCAGAUAUCAUACAUGGAGGAAAUAUUUUUACACCAGAACUAAAGGAAAAUAUAACUGAUUGUCAAGAAUCAGAGUAUAUUAAUCUACUUAAUAAUUUCAUAUUUUCUAUAGAAGUUAAUUUGAGUGAAAUGAAUGAUAAGGAAAAUACAGAUGAUUUUCAAAGAAAAAUUUCAAAUCCAAUCUAUGUAAAACCUUGUAGAAGACCACCUCAAAAGAGAUAUAAAAGUUCUUUGGAACAGCAAUGUAUUAAUCAUACAAAUGCUGAACUUUGUACAUCUUUAGGAAAUGCAUGUCAAAAUGUUGAUUAUUCUUUAUCUGAUAAAUUUUCUGAAAGUAGUGGGUUGAAUAAUUCUAAACAGAUAAAAAAAUGCAGAAGAUGUGUUCUCAUGGUUGAACAAACAAAUAAUCGAACGAACGAACAAAUAAACGAACAAGCAAAUAAUCAACGGCAUAAUUAA